AUGUCUGGAAUUACUUCUUUCUGGAGCGACCUUGUUGAGUCGAUUAUGCCCACUGUGGCUUAUGCUGAGGAGGCCCCCAAGCAAGAUGCCCCUCUCGACCACGACAGCGAGGAAGUUGAAUCCGAAUCCAAGUCUGAGACCGAGACUGUAGCCAAGAACACCGGCAAGGAAUCUUCUGAGGAAGAGACCACCGAAGAGUCCUCCGAAGAGUCCACCGAAGAGUCCACAGAGGAGUCCACUGAAGAGUCCACUGAAGAAGGUUCUGAGGAAGAGUCUGAGGACGGAGAAGAAGAUGAUGAGGAAGAAGAGGAGGAAGAAGAGGAAGAUGAGCCUGAAGAUAUUCUCCCCGAGUUGAGAGAAAAGGCCGCCGAGGGCCCUUGUCAUUCAUUCAAGCACCACUUCGAAGAAUGCAUUGAAAGAGUUACUGCUGAACAACAAGAAGAGGGCUAUGCUGAAAAGGAAUACAAGGAAGACUGUGUCGAGGAAUUCUUCCAUCUCAGCCAUUGCAUUGACGAACAAGUCGCCCCUGUUCUGUUCACUAAACUGAAAUAA